AUGUGGCUUUUUCGUAGUAAUGUGCGCCCGAAUUCCUCCCUACUUCGCAGCAUAGCGGCUCUGCCUUGCCGUCGAUCGGCAUCGAGCCUCCCGAAAGACCUUCUCAAAACGCCCAACCCGACAGCCAAGUCGCUUGCGGACACCGGCGUGUGGUCCUACAUUUCGAGACGACGAACGCGAGAACAGAUAGAAGCGGACGAGAAGAAGGCGAAGACUCGCAAAAAGUCCACAAAGCCAAAGCCGAAGGGCGACCGGGCGCGGGUGAACAUCAUCAAUGACAAGUUCUGCGAUGAUGUUAUCGACUACAUUGCACCGUCACUGAAACGUCAUGUUGGUUGCGACCUGCUCGAUAUCAAUCCCGGUGCAGGAGUCUGGUCAAAGAAGCUGAACGACUUCCUCAAGCCUCGCUCCCACAUCCUCAUGGAACCCGAUGCCGAGCUCUAUAAACCCUUCCUCGACCCUCUUCUCGAGAGACCCGGCGCGAAACUCGUUCCCGAAUCGGGAAUUCUCUGGACCGAGCUCACCAAAGCUCUUGGGUACCUCGAACACCAGGUCGAACAGCCCCGAAGCUCUGGUACCGAACCCUCACGGAAUGAUACCCUUCUUGUGACUGCCAACCUGUCAUUUUACCCUAAACGCCGUUUCCGCAACUUCGACUCGGUCGCUGUACUGGUGCUGUAUCAGCUCCUCACAAGCAUCCAACUCGGCUCCCUCUUCCAGAAAUAUGGCCUCGUGCGCAUGCUCCUCUGGAUCAACGACGACGACAAGCGCACAUUCUUGCCGCGUAGCAUCCAGAACCGAAGAAAAACUGCCCUUCAGGCCGAGUUCUCGUGCGAGCACCUCGCUGAGGUAGCGGGCAAGGACCCAGCUUCACUCAAAGUUACCCCCGAGCAGCUGAAGAAGAUGUACGCCCGCGACCAGUGGAUCAACAUUGAGAGCUCGCGUAACACCCUCGCCCGGAUGAAGGCAGCAGGCAUCAAGGAGCCGCCCUCUCACCGCAGAAUGGCCCUGACCGACGAGGUCAUGAAGAACCACACAGGCACCGAGCCCCUGGCCGGCAAACAGUCGACGCACGUCGUACGCCCCUAUCUCGCAGAGCUAGAUGAACUCAACCGCCUCGCAGCCGAAGACAAGCUUGGCGCCCCCAAAUCCAAAAGCAACGCCCGGCGCGCGAUCCUCGCCAAUCAGCUCAUCCGCAAUGAGCGCGAGGUCGCUGUCUUCGACGAGCUGAUCCACGAGCAGCAGGAGCUCACCCGUCUCCACAGCUCGGGCGAGCUGACGGCCGACGAGUUCGCCGCGCGCGAGAAGGCGUACAGCGAACGCGUCGCCGCCCUGCCCAAGAACUCAAAGGCCGACUACCACUUGCUGCGGGAUAACUACCUCUUGUUCCGCCAGGAUCCGCCGGCGCUGCUGUAUGACCGCAGGCCGUGGGAGCCGCUGCGCGUCGAGCCGGGCGACUUCUUCCCCAACGUUGAGACGGCGCUGCUCGACAUCCAGCCCAAGGCCAUGCACCCUCUCCUGCGCACCGUGGGCUCCGAAUCCACCGUUACGGGUGACAUUUUUGACCUGAUCCAGCGGUCGAUGCUGUCAUCGUCGCUCGAUCCAGUGGAGGACACGCUCGACAAGCUGUGGCCUGGGGCGCGGGAGGGCAUUCUGGAGAACUGCCCGAGCCUGCGCGACCCGGCAAAGGGCGGCCUGCCUGGUACAGGGCCGUCUGGCGUGUGCUCGCGGUUGUUGAACGAGCACCAGUGGAUGGAAAUAUUGGACGCUUUCAUGAAGUGGCCCUUCAGGCCAUCGCACGCCGAGCUGAUUGGGAGACUAGGCGAUGACCUGGCCGUGUCUGACCCCUUGGAGGAUUAG